AUGCCUCCUCCAUCACAAGACCCAUUCGAGGUCUCGAGGCUUGUUGAGGAUUCGAAACGCGAAAUUACGCGCAUGAAGCACAACUUGGAGCUCGUUCACAAGAAACAACGAGAUACUGCACUGCUCAACAGUGACCUACGAGAUUACAAUAACCAGCUAAGAGGAGAGGUCGCCGAUCUUCGAGCUCAGCUAACUUAUGCCAUCCAGACUCUGACCGCCCAGAUCCGGGAGCAAGUUGACGGCGCCCGAUCUGCAGGAUCAUCUGCGAAGAGACUUCAGGACGUGGUCGACGAACAGAAAAAGCCAUUCAGAAACUCGAUCAAAACGCUAGAAAACCAGAUUAAGGGCCAGGUACUUAAUCUAAAAACAGAGCGACAGAAGACAAAGACACAGAAGAAGCGCGAGAAACCCGAGGCAGAGAGCGAGAAACGUAAAAUCGAGCGUGAGAAACGUGAACUACGAGGGCGUAUCUCUAUCCUUCCUCCUGCUCCAGCUCAAACACCCUCUUCUGCUCAUACGCCUAUUCUACCAGCCGGCGCCAGCCUUCAUAACACAAUCAAAGAGGAAAUAAUGGUUAUUGACGACGAUACUGAUGAAACAAUUCCGGGCUUGGCACUUUUGGAAGACAACAGUCACUCAGCGGAAGUGAUCGAGCAACUCAAACGUAACAUGAACAAGCGUACAGGAAAGAAGAACCUGCCUUCAAUUCUCAAGAAUGGAACCAAGAACAAGUGCUUUUGCAUCCACGAAGUCGUAUCCAUUGGCAGCAGUGCUUCCGUACAGUUGAUUCCGUCCACAGAGGUCUGCAAGGUCGGUGGCCCGACCUGCAAUUUCUUGGUCGAGGUCGUAGAGACGGCCUCCGGAAACAGAUUGCGCACAUUUUCCCCUUAG